UGACGCCAUCGCCCCGCGCCGGGCGGCCAUGGCGGCGCUGGGCCCGCGGGCCGAGGCCGAGGGGCGGCGGCGGCUCCUGCGAGCCCUGACCCGCCUGCAGGCCUGUGCCAGGGGGUUCCUGCUGCGGCAGCGGCUCCGGCGGGCGCGGGAGGACUUCGAGGCGGCCGUGCUGGAGAUCGACGGGGACCUGCGGGCCCUGCGCUGGACGGGGCAGCUCCUGCUGCGGCCCAGCUUUGACCCCGACCCCCAGGGGCCCGCCCAGCCCCUGGAUCCCCAGGAGGGCAGCACCAAAAACCCCCCGGAGGAGCCGGAACCCCCCGAACCAGAUGAGACCCCCCAGCCCCCCUGCAGGGCAGGGCAGCCCCCACCCCCACGGGCCAGGGACACCCUGAGCCCCCCAAACGUGGGGGUUGAGGGUGACAAAGGCACAGAGAAGGAGAGCGAGGAGUGGGACAAGGAGAGCAGCGAGACCUCGGUGUGGGACAGCUGCGACCUGGGCACCGAGCCCCUCGGAGCCCACCCGGAAAUCCCUCUGGGGGAGCUUCCCCGAAGCCGCUCCGGCCUCCAGGCCUACAGGAGCCACCUGCUGAUGGAGCUGCUGUGGCUGCAGCAGGCCAUUGCCAGCAGGAAAAACUUCUUGAUGCUGAAGCGGAAGCUGGGGAUUCCUGACCCCCUGGAAGGCGUUCCCAAGCACCUGGAUUGGUGUGGGGGAGCCCUGGAGGAGCUGCAGCACCAGGGGUGACCCCAGGGGAGCUCCAGCUCCGUGGGUUGGUGGUUUUAAACUCCAGCAGAACGUGGCAAGAGAGCCUUUUAGUUCUUUUUUAGGUGUGAGUAGUUGGUCAGAGCAGGAUUAAACACUGGGGAGGAUUAAACCCAGGGAGGUUGUGGUGAGUGCUGGAGGGGUUCCCAGUGGGGAUCCUUCCACAAGGACCCCGUUCCUGUUGGCUGAGCUGGGUGAUCCAAGGCGGGGGGAAAUGGAGGAUGGGAAGAUUUUCCACGUACAGGAGGUGGUUUGGGACUGAAAGGCUGAAGGCAGCAGGUGCUGGGACCUGCAGGGACAGCCUGUUCCCCUCUGAGGGCUCUGCACUUCACACCUCUGCAACAGCCAGGAUCUCCAAGUGCCCGUGGUGGAUUUUUGGGAAUGCUGGAAGAUGGAAGGUGCUCUAUCUGUUCCUGUAGCUCAGGAACAUUCCAGGUCCCUGGAAAAGGGACUUUCCAUGUGGUGCUGGGGUUCCCCCCUGUGAUUCCCCCCUCCCCUGCAUUCCUGCUGCCUGAACAGCCUCUGUUGCCACGUGGCAGGUGGAUCCCUCUUUUCCAGAAUGAUCCCCACCUUGUUUGUGAAUAAAAAGCUUUCCUAAUGCUC